UCCUCGCAGUCAGUGAUGGCCGAGCCGUCGCGUCGGUGAGCUGUGUCGUCCUCCCGAGCGGCGCGAAUUUUUAAAAUCGUCGUCGCACUGCCGCCUCGCGUUGACGGACGCGUUGGGUUGGCCCGGCCGCCGAAGUACCCCUCCACGCUACUCCCUCCACGCCCCGUCGACGCCGAGACUGGGCAUACAGCCGUGGUAGCCUGUGCUCAGGCGUUAUCAGGUGCUGCACAUCAGAUCUAUCAACACUGUCCGAGCUCCUCCGCCCGGCCCCGCCCGGCCCCGCCACGCCCCGCCACGCCCCGCCACACCGCGACGGGGGCGAGCUCAGACGGAUGGGACCGCGCGGGUAGUGUUGGGUCUCGGACCUCCGCCGGGGCACUAGACUGUGAGAAAGUGCUUUUCCUGCGAGGCGGGCGGAGCUGCUGCAGCGGCGGUGGAGCGGUGUUGUUGUGGCCCGGGCGCGCUGCUGGGACUGCCUGACUGCCUGCGCGAGCCUCGAGCCGAGCGCCGACUGUGCUCCGUGCGGGAGAGCGCCUCGCGGCCGUGUCAGCUCAAGUGAUCGACGCCGCAAGACUCUGCAUGACCUGCACCUGGGAUACAAGCCUAAAAGUAGUCUGUGUGUAUGUGUGUGAUUCCGUCCGAGGAUCCGGAUUCGUAGAGCACGGCCACAGCCACGGCUGGACACACUGGUGCCCGUGGGAAAGUUUCUCACAGGAGUAGAAGUUCUGACGGCGUUGGACCACGUGUGAGGCAUGCGAGCAUAGGAAAAGAGUGUGUUUGAGUGUGUGUGUGUGUGUGAGAGAGAGAGAGAGAGGGAGAGAGAGAGGGGGGGGGGUGACGAUCGCAAUCAGCUGGCGCGGUUUGUGACGGUCAUGGACUGCUACUGACCGUCACGGAUGGACUGUCGCUGCGGCGGCAGCUGCGGCGGUGGGCCAGGCCGGCCGGAACACACCGAUUGAGGACCUCGCCGCGCCGCUACGCUACGCCACGCCACUCCGCACGCCUCGGAUGACAAGGACGGCAUCAACAUGGCCUCUCUGUGCGCUCCGCCCUUCCCCCUGGUGCCGCAGAUUUUCUACUCCCUUUUCGCGUCGCUCAGCUUCUUCUCGUCGGGGCUGUGCGCGGGCUGGGCCUCGCAGACGCUCGUCAACACCCUGACGCGCACCUGGGACUGGGGGGUGUGGCCCCAGGAGGUGCCGUGGAUCCCGGCCACGCUCGAGCUGGGCGCCCUCAUCGCGUGCGUGCCCGUCGGCUACGCCGUCGACAAGUACGGCCGCAAGUACGUCAACAUGACGGUCGGCUUCCUCUUCCUGCUGUCGUGGCUGAUCGUGCUGGCCGCCGACAUGCACCCGGAGAACCUGUACUCGGCGCGCGUGGUGGCGGGGCUGGCCAUGGGCGCGACCAGCAUCGUGGUGCCCGUGUACGUGGCCGAGGUGGCGGAGCCGCGCGUCCGCGGCGUGCUCCUGACGGUGGCGCGCGCCGCCGGCGUGGCCGGGCUGCUGGCCAUGCACGCCCUGGGGCCGAGCGUCGGCUACCGCAGCCUGGUCGCGCUCUGCUCGCUGCCGCCCGUGCUCUUCCUCAGCACCUUCUCGUGGAGCCCCGAGUCCCCCUACGUGCUGGCCGCCAAGGAGCGCUGGAACAAGGCCACCGAGAGCCUGGCCAGCAUGCGCACGAGCGCGAGCACCGUCAAGGCGGAGCUGGCCCAGCUCAAGCAGGACGAUCGCGGGAAGCCGUGCUGGACCCAGCUGCACAAGAGGCCGGCAGCCUGCACCGCCCUGCUGGUGUCCGUGGCCCUGGGCUGCUUGGCGGCGCUAGCCGGCCAGAGCGCCGUGCUGUUCUACUCGGCGCUGCGCCUCCCCGAGUCCGCCGACCCCUCCUUCCUCGGCCCGGAGACCCUUUGCCUGUGCCUGGCCGGCGCCAGCCUGGCGGGCUGCCUCUGCUGUGCGACCUUCGUUGACCUGCUGGGCCGGCGGGUGCUGCUCGCGUCCUCGGCCGCGGCCUCCACCGCGUCCAUGGCCGGGCUCGGCUACGUGUUCCUGGCGGCCGCGCGCUGCGAGGACGAGCGCGACACCUGCGGCCUCGGCUGGUGGUUCGUCGCCGCCCUCCUCGUGUGGUCGUUCAGCCACGGCCUCGGCCUCCUCUCCCUGCCCGGCACGCUGGCCGUCGAGCUGGCCCCCACCAACGUCCGCGGCGUGGUGGCCUCGGCCGGCUCGGCGGCCGCCAUCCUGGGCGCCGUCCUGGCGACCGUCGCCUUCGAGAUGCUCCCCGCGCACGAGGCCUGCUGGGUGUUCGCCGGCAGCAGCGCGCUGUGCCUCGUCCUGGCCGUGGCCGCCGUGCCCGAGACCAAGGGGAAGUCGCUCUCCGCCCUGCAGAGGCAGCUGGAUGAUAAGCAAGGCCUCGGCCGCGCCGUGCCCACGGUGGUGGUCACCGCGCCGCCCAGGGUGCGCGGCGACGCGCCCCUCGCCAACGGCAUCCCGCUGCAGCACGCCAGGGCCGCCGCCGCCGCCCCUGCCGCUGGCGCGCCGGCCUCGGUGCACUAGUAUGAGCAAAAGACGUGUCGUGCGUCCAGUCGCACCCAGACUGUUAAGGGGCCCUUCAUUUUCUCUGUGAUCUAAUAUUAAGGAACUAAUCUGAUUAAGAAACGUCACUAUGAUUAGAUAGAAAAUAAACUGUGUUUUAAAACAUGUACCAA